AUGAAUAAAACGUCGGCUAUUGAUUUAACAUCAUUUCUAUUCAAUCUUCAUGACGAUAAAAAUCUUACAUUACUUGCUAAUCAACAACCAGAUGAAAAUGAAUUACUUAAUAGUACAAUUACAACAAUUACAACAACAGCAGCAACAACAAUUAUUACAACAACAACAAAUAAAAUUUUUCGUCUAUGGAAUAGCUCAAGAGUUCUUGCUGCAUCACGUCACAUUGCGCCAACAACAUCAUCAUCGUCUUUAUUUAAAAAAUAUUUCUUUUUCAAAUCACCUUUUAAUCGUAUUAUGCGUAUUGUAGAAUUGUUUAUACUAAGUUUAACAUUACCAUGUUAUGCUAUUGUUUUUAUACUUUUUAUCGAAUUAACUGUACAACGUAUUAAUUCAAAUACAGCUAUAUCCGGUGGUGGUUCACGUAGUCGUACACAACGUCGUCGACAACGUAUGCGAAGUCUUAUAUGGACAUCAAAUUAUUUGCUUGUUGAUUUUCUUGGUCUUCUCUAUGAACUUAUUUAUGUAAUUAUACAUUUAACUGGUGAUUUAGCAACUAGUUCAUUAGCUGGUCGUUUCUAUUGUCAAAUGCAAGUUUAUCUUCCACUAUAUUUAACUGUUCUGAUGGCAUAUAGUUUAACAGCAAUAUCUAUAUAUCGUCGUCAUCAUUUUAUGAAUUUACACAGUGAAGCAGCUCGAUCAACAAGCCGAAGUUUAUUUUUUAUUGGUGCACUUUGGACUAUGCCAAUAAUCACAUCGAUCGUACCGGCAUAUCUAUUAAUAUAUUUAAAAAUUUUACGAAUUACACAACAUGAAGCAACAAAUGAAUGUCAAAUAUCCUAUACAUAUGGAUCAACUAUUGCAGCGAUCUACAUGUGCUAUAGACUUGGCAAUAUAUUUCUUCUUCCACUAUCAAUAUCAUUCGCUUGUUAUUUGACAAUAUGUACUGAUUUAAUACGCAUGCAACGACGUUUUACUCGAAGAUUUGAACGAAAUAUUCAUAUCAGAAAAAAUCUUAUUCUUCAAAUUCUUUUUCUAUUUCUUAAUUUCGCUGUUUUUUGGUUACCAGCAGAAAUUAUAACACUUUAUACUAAAAGUCGUCUUCUUAAGGAUACUGUACAAGUUACAAAAUCAUUAAAUAUUUUACUUGACCCAUUAAUUAUCACUGGUUUCGAUACACGUUUUUCAGCAGCCGCACAACAUUUUCUAUCGAAAUGGCGUCUCGAUGAAAUUUUUGGAUGUUUCAGCUCACAUCGUUUGAUGAGCUUAUCGACUGCAUCAGUUCGUCUACCUUCUGCACCUACAGUUAUUAAACUAAAACGUUUAAAAGAAUCAACAUCAAUCUGUACUAGUGUAAAAACCACAAGUGACCAACAAAUACCAACAGUAACUUGGAAUUUAACUGAUAAUGAUAGCAAUGGUUUAGAAUCAACUACAAAUCAUGUUUCACUAAUAAAUGAACAACAAUCGAAAUCGUCAACAAAAAUUAAUAGUCAAAAAAAGCAACGGCAAAAACAACAGCCACAAAGAAGAAAACGUCCACAACACACCGAAUCAACUAAACUUCGUCAUGAACCCUUAGGAGUGAGACGAUCAGGACUCAAUCAAACGCAAAUCAAAAAAAAUGAUAAUCAUUUACCAACGAAAGAACUUACAUAA